AUGUCUGGCGCCUCUCCCUCGCCCACCGUGAUAAUUCCGGACACACCAGGCGCGAGCUGCCAUUGUGGCAUUAAACUGGACAUUGUGGCAAGCGCGUUCUCGAAAUACUGCUCGCCCGUCUGCGAGGAGCUGGACUCCCUCCUUACCACUAGAACCUCCCAACACACUCUCUUUGUACAGCUCCCUCCUUUAUCUUUACCGGCACAGCCGAAACGCCCCUGCAUCUCGUCCGCGCCCGUGCGACGCGUCACGGAGCCACAAAAGCCAGCCAAGCGCGUUAGCGUCUCCUCCACUCCGCCGCGCCCGUCCCUCGUGCCACAAAGAGUCGCGACCUCUACGCGCACACCAAGUCCUACCCUUUCCUGCUACGCGGACGACGAGAAGGAGGACUUGCCUCUCGUAACGUUCUCAGACUCGUCUUCUCGAGGCACGCGCGGGUACGCUGCGUCGGAGUCGAUUCGUAGUUGGAAGCGGCACGUUGCUCACGAGACGAGAGACGACGCUCCACAUAAAGAGUGCGACGAACUGGGUGUCUUCACCCUGCCAGCCACUAUAAGAGAACCUACUCACCCCAAGCGUUUCGUGAGGCCGAGCAAACAGCCCAGUGGCCCACGGCCUAUCCCAUACUCCCGAGCCAAUAGACGAGAUUUGUUAUCUCCCGGUCCGACCUGCCAGAGAGAGAAGACGUACCAGGCAGGCACAGGAGGCAUGCCUAUGUCUCCGAACUCGGGUCACUCGAAUGGAGGCGACCCGGUGAUCGUACCCUUGAUGGCGCCGAAGCCCGUCAGACCAGUCCUACGGCGUCAGCUCACAGCUAUAGCCGAGCGUGGUGGGUACGAGCGGGACGUACUGGAGAGGAGACGAGGAACAUAUUGA